AUGGCUGCAAAUCGCACACCCUCAUGGGGUCAGAGAGAACCCUGCAACAGACCUAGGUCAGAGACUCCAUGGUCUGUGGCAUCCCCGGGAACUCAACUUGGAAAUCACCGCAGGAACCCUGAGACUUGGCACCUGAACUUCAGGAUGUUCAGCUGCUCGGAGGAUUCGGACCCCAUCCAGGCUCUGAGGAAACUCACUGAGCUGUGCCAUCUGUGGCUGAGGCCCGACCUCCACACCAAAGAGCAGAUCCUGGACAUGCUGGUGAUGGAGCAGUUCAUGAUCUCCAUGCCCCAGGAGCUCCAGGUCUUAGUCAAGGUGAACGACGUGCAGAGCUGCAAAGACCUGGAGGACCUGCUGCGAAACCACAGAAGACCCAAGAAAUGGUCUGUGGUCAACUUGCUCGGCAAAGAAUAUCUUAUGCUGGACUCAGAUGUCGAGAUGGCUGAAGCCCCCGCCAGUGUCAGGGAUGAUCCGAGAGGCAUGUCCAGCCAGCGGGCCUCCUCUGUGAACCAGAUGCGUCCAUGGAAAGGCCAGGCCCGCCGAGAGCUGCAUACCCUGCCCAGGGUCCCUGCACCGUCCAGGAGGCAGGAGGAGGACUUCCGACUGCCAAAGACUAUUGUCAUGAAAGGAGGUCCAAAGACUCUGAGACCCAAGCUGACCUUGGAGAAGGGUCUGAAUGUAGACAGAGAGGAGAACCCAGGACUUACAUCCCCAGAGCCUCAGCUUCCAAAGCGUCCCAAUCUGGUGAGAGCAAAGGAGGGGAAGGAACCCCGAAAAAGAGCCUCUGUGGAAAAUGUGGAUGCCGACACACCUUCUGCCUGCGUUGUGGAGAGAGAAGCUUCGACUCACAGCGGGAACGGUGGAGAGGCUCUGAAUCUGAGCAGUUCCAAACCAGACGCCACCUCCAUUUCCCAGGAAGAGCCUCAAGGAGAUGUCACACCUGUGAGCAACAGAGAAUCCCCGGGACAAGCUGAGAUCAAUCCAGUUCAUUCCCCGGGCCCUGCGGGCGCAGGCAGUCACCCCAACGGCCAAGAAGCCAAGGCCCUGCCGUCCAUUGUGUGUGACGUGUGCAGUAAAUCGUUUAAGUAUUUUUCCCAGCUAAGCAUCCACAGGAGAUCACACACAGGAGAGAGACCCUUUCAAUGCGAUCUCUGUUGGAAGCGCUUCUUGCAGCCCUCCGACCUCCGAGUUCACCAGCGAGUCCACACUGGCGAGAGGCCCUACUCGUGUGAUGUCUGCCAAAAGCGGUUUGCCCACGAGUCCACCUUACAGGGCCACAAGAGGAUCCACACGGGGGAGAGGCCGUUCAAAUGUAAAUACUGCAGCAAAGUUUUCAGCCACAAGGGGAACCUGAACGUUCACCAGCGCACUCACUCCGGAGAGAAGCCCUACGAAUGUCCCAAGUGUCAAAAGUCCUUCCGUCAGCUGGGGACGUUCAAGCGUCACCUGAAAACACACCAGGAAACCACCUCCCAGUGA